AUGCACCAAGCCACGCCCGGCGCAAGGCCGGGGCGGCGAGGGCCGCUUCCGCCCCGAGCCGGGCCCCGCCCCGUGCCCUCCGCCCGGCGGCCUGACCCCGCGGGCCGCAUCCGCCGCAGCGCUCGCUCGGCCCGGAUCCCGCAGGCCUCCGCCGACAGCCGGACGCUGGGCCAGGUCGCCCCCCGGCCCCGGGGUGGCCCCGCCCCACCUCGCAGGGCCCGCCCCCCGGCCCCGGGACCCCCACACAGGCCCAUGCCCGUCCGGGAGCGCCCCUCGAAGGCCCGGGGCUGCCGGGGCACCCCGCACCCCGACCCGCCCGGCCCGGGACCCCCGGUGAUGGGACGCGGGGGCCUGGGACCUCCUGGGUCCCCACACACCCUGAGCUCCUGCAGCGCCCCGGCUCCUCGCGCCCUGCAGGCCUGCGCCCCCCACGCCCCCCACGCCCUCGGAGCCCACGCCGUGAAGCCCAGGAAGAUCGUGUUCCAGGAUGAGCUGCCUGCCCGGGCCCCACGGGGCGCCCCAAGUCCCGUAGGAGCCCCCCCAGCCAGGCGCACCCCCAGGCCCGACCCGGUGCCUGACUACGAGCUCAAGUACCCCGCCAUCAGCAGCGAGAGGGAGCGGACCCGCUACGCCGCCGUGUUCCAGGACCAGUACGGGGAGUUCCUGCAGCUGCAGCAGGAGCUGGGCUGCGUGCAGGCCAGGCUGAGGCGGCUGGAGGCCCUGCUGGCGGCCCUGCCCCCUCCCCGCAGCCAGAGGGAGGCCCAGGCCGCGGCCCGCGUGUGGACGGAGCUGGACAGGAAGCGGACGGACCCCGGCCUCCUGGACAAGCAGGCCCGCUGCCGCUACCUCAAGGGGAAACUGAGGCACCUCAAGGGGCAGAUCCGCAAGUUCCAGGAGCAGCAGGACAGCGAGGGCUCCGUGUACUUCUGAGCGAGCUGGGCUUCGGCUGGCGGCCCCCUCCUCCAGGAAGCCCCCGGGACCCUCCCGCCUCACUGUGCCCCAGUGCAAUAAACGCGUA